AUGGUAUGCCUCGAGGCUGCUAUCACACAGAGACGGCAAGAACUAGGCCCCAUGACAGCGCCACCUUCGCAGGAUCACGAGGUCCAAUCGAACGGACUUGAAGCGUCUUGCCAAUAUAACGAUGAUCUUUGCAGCGAGCUCCACCCAUUUAGUUCAUUCCCCGAUUUUCCAAGCCUUCGUACGACUGCUUAUGAGCUCGGUACUACCUGCCCCCAGCCGAUAUGCUGGGGACAUACGAGCUGGUGUCAGACCAUAUUGUUCAUUAACGCAGAGUACGGCUUCGGCGAACCACAACAGACCCAAGAACGUAUCUCAGGCUUCCUUGCUGUCAACCUCGCCCACGUGCAAUUGCCGUCGGCUAGGAUCCGAUCGGAGCGUCAAAUAUGGGCUUAUCGACUGCUUCGCCUCCGCGGGCUGAAGGGGUCUUGCGGGUCUCAAAGAACCCCCAACUUCCAAGCCGCACUAGACUCUAGUGUAGUUCAAAUUCAGCAGCCCGGUGAUGUCAUUUACAAUGACACAACAACAGACCCGGCAAGCGAAAAUUCUGAAGUCGCAUGGUCCUCAUCCUUGGUUUUGAUUUUUCCAAGCGAUAUUUGGCGGUCUAGAACUAGAGACGAUCUCAGCCACAGUGUGGAGAAGAGAGUGGGUGCGCUGCAGGGUUGA